UUUUAUGGAUAAAAAACUAGGACUUGAUGGCUUUUAAUAGAAUUUGUGUUUAGGUAAUUGAGGUUGUGUGAAAGUUGUGGUAACAGUAGUGUAAAACACCUAUAAUGUGGUGACUCUAUAACUGCAGUCCUGUUAUCAAAGAGGCUCUGGACCAAAGUCCAAUCCCGCAUGGCUCUUCAGGAAGUGACUGAAAAGGAGAAUACUUUCUGUGCGGUAAAGGUAACAGCUUAAACUUUGUUUUUUUAAUCUGUUAAACUCUGUGUUUAAGACUGUUUCUUUUCUUUUUUAUGCUUUUUUUUACGCUUUUGCUCCCCAUCUGUAGUUACCUUUCCACUGUGAUCACUGAAGUGUUAAAGGUUAAGGAUCUACGCAGUGUUUCAGAAAUGGAAAGUGAAUUGGUCUCUCUGUGUGUGAUGGUGGCAGCUUUUGUGACCCCAGUAUCUGCUGAAGGACAGCUUGGCAUGAUAGAGAGCCUCAUACUGGCUGUGCAGCGGCGUCCCUGGCUUUUGGGUGUCUACGUCUUUGUCAUUGGACUUCCUGUUAUUCUCUUCAUAAGCUUCAUGUGGCCCGACAAGAGGUUUGGACCUCCUAAUCAGCCAUAUUAUUACAAGAAGUCUGAUGAUGUUCAGCCUGAUGAUCCUGAGUUUUUGUCAUCUGGACAGCCAACUAUUAAAGGAUCGCUCAACGGUGAAGAAUGCUCAGCAAAGCACGGCUCGUCCACUCACAAGAGGACGGUCCGGACAAACAAAACAAAGUCUUAAGAAUGAGUGAAGUAUUUUCCUUAGUCAGCAUAUUUAUGCUUCACCUGUAAUGCUUUCUGCAUUCUGUAAAUAAACUACACCUCUCAGUUUGC